UCUUACUGUUUCAACCUUUGAUCGUCUGGUUCUUCUUUCCAUUCUCUCCGAUUUCUAGGUUUUUGUUCAAUCUCUCUUUCCCCCUCUUGUGUUUGUAAUAAUUGCUCAUUAUUUUCUUUUUGUUGUGGCGAGUUUAGGGUUUUAUUUGUCUCGCUCGAUCUUCUUCUAGGCGCUAGCAAUGACGGAUCGAUUGACUCGUAUCGCCAUCGUCAGCUCUGAUCGUUGCAAGCCCAAAAAAUGCCGCCAGGAAUGCAAGAAGAGCUGUCCGGUAGUCAAAACUGGUAAACUAUGCAUUGAAGUUACUUCAGCAUCUAAGAUUGCUUACAUCUCUGAAGAAUUAUGUAUUGGAUGUGGUAUUUGUGUCAAGAAAUGCCCGUUUGAAGCUAUUCAGAUCAUAAAUUUGCCAAAAGAUCUGGAUAAAGACACAACCCAUCGUUAUGGCCCGAACACCUUCAAGUUGCACAGGUUGCCAGUUCCAAGACCUGGGCAGGUUUUGGGCUUGGUAGGAACAAAUGGAAUUGGGAAGUCGACUGCCCUCAAAGUUUUGGGUGGGAAGUUAAAGCCUAACCUGGGUCGUUUCAAUAACCCUCCUGAUUGGCAGGAAAUAUUGACACAUUUCCGGGGGUCUGAACUGCAAAAUUAUUUCACCCGUAUUUUGGAAGACAAUCUCAAGGCAAUCAUCAAGCCACAGUAUGUUGAUCACAUUCCAAAAGCAGUCCAUGGCAAUGUUGGCCAAGUGCUCGAUCAGAAAGAUGAGAGAGAUAUGAAGGCAGAACUUUGUGAGGAUCUUCAGCUGAAUCAGGUUAUAGAUCGAAAUGUGGGGGAUUUAUCAGGUGGAGAGCUUCAGAGAUUUGCUAUUGCCGUUGUUGCCAUACAGAAUGCAGAGAUAUACAUGUUUGAUGAGCCUUCGAGUUAUCUUGAUGUUAAACAAAGGCUUAAAGCUGCCCGAGUUGUCCGGUCUUUGCUCAGGGCUAACAGCUAUGUCAUUGUUGUGGAGCAUGACCUUAGUGUCCUCGACUACUUGUCAGACUUCAUUUGCUGCUUAUAUGGGAAACCAGGAGCUUAUGGAGUUGUUACUCUCCCUUUUUCGGUCAGAGAAGGAAUAAAUAUAUUCUUGGCAGGGUUUGUUCCAACAGAGAAUCUUAGAUUCCGUGAGGAGUCUCUUACAUUCAAGGUUGCUGAGACUCCACAGGAAAGCGCUGAGGAGGUCCAGACAUAUGCCCGUUACAAAUACCCAACUAUGAGUAAAACUCAGGGUAAUUUCAAGCUUCGUGUUAUUGAGGGUGAAUUUACCGACUCUCAGAUUAUUGUAAUGCUGGGUGAGAAUGGAACGGGGAAGACAACCUUCAUCCGCUUGCUGGCUGGUUUAUUGAAACCCGAUGAAGUGGAGGGUUCUGAUGUGGAAAUACCUGAAUUUAAUGUUUCUUAUAAGCCGCAGAAAAUCAGUCCAAAAUUUCAAUCACAAGUCAGAGACUUGUUACAUCAAAAAAUACGUGAUUCGUACAUGCAUCCUCAGUUUGUUUCGGAUGUCAUGAAACCACUUCAAAUUGAACAAUUAAUGGAUCAAGCAGUUGUGAAUCUCUCAGGUGGAGAGUUGCAAAGAGUUGCCUUGUGUCUUUGUCUUGGGAAGCCUGCAGACAUUUAUCUGAUAGAUGAACCAAGUGCUUAUCUUGAUUCCGAGCAACGCAUUGUCGCAUCGAAAGUCAUAAAGAGGUUUAUCCUCCAUGCCAAGAAAACUGCUUUUGUGGUUGAACAUGACUUUAUCAUGGCAACCUACCUGGCAGACAGAGUUGUCGUCUAUGAGGGGCAACCAUCGGUGAAUUGUAUUGCCAAUGCUCCACAGUCCUUGUUGACUGGGAUGAACCUCUUCUUAUCUCAUCUGGAUAUUACAUUUAGGCGGGAUCCAACCAAUUUCCGACCUCGAAUAAACAAACUGGAUUCAACAAAGGACAGGGAGCAAAAAAAUGCUGGGUCCUAUUACUACCUUGAUGAUUAACCUAAUUUCCCACAGGUAUUCAUCUUUUCUGGAAUAGCUGGUGGGCAUAUUGUUCCUCAUAUCAUGGAGCCUGGCCAGGCAUUGUGAUUCCAACAGGAGGAUAUAGACCUUUUGGUCCAUCAAAGAGGUCUUGUUUAAUUGAUUUGUUGCCAAGCCAUUAGCCCUUUGUCAGCAUGUACGACUCUUUUUUUCCCUAGAAAUUUUCUCCCUUUUCUCAUUAUCGGUUUUGUUUAUACAUUCAGGUGAGGGAAUCUAAAAAUCACACCCUUCACUGUAAUA